UGACCUAACUCUGUAACUGGCGUUCCUCUCCGCCGCUGCUUGCUUCCCGACCCCGUGAAUCUUACAAUGUCGUCGUCGUUGUGGCGGUUCUCGUUUCUUUCUAAUCUCACUGUUCUUCGUUCCUAUCACUCUCAACCCCAUUCCUUUCACAAUGUUGAUGAUGUUGUCUCCUUCUUCAACCGCUUACUCCAAAUGCAUCAUACCCCACCCAUUUUCGAAUUCGGUAAGAUUUUAACUUCCCUCGUGAAGACCAAGCAUUACUCCACCGCUAUAUCACUUUCUCGCCAAAUGGAGAUCACUGGAAUUACGCCCAGCCUUGUUACUCUCAACAUCCUCAUCAAUUGCCACUGCUACCUAGGUCAAACCACUUCCGCAUUUUCUGUAUUUGCCAACAUUCUCAAGCGAGGUUAUCACCCAGAUACCUUCACCUUCACUACUCUUAUCAAAGGUCUCUGUCUUCACGGCAAUGUUCACAGAGCUCUGCAAUUUCAUGAUGUCGUGCUGGCCCAGGGGUUUCGGUUGAAUCAAGUCAGUUACGGGACCUUGAUCAAUGGGCUAUGUAAAAUGGGUGAAACAAGUGCUGCUUUGGAGUUGCUUAGGCGGAUUCAAGGGCGAGGGAUUAAACCUAAUGUCGUAAUGUACAACACCAUCAUCGAUAGCCAGUGUAAAGAUAAACUUGUAAGUCAUGCUUGCAAUUUAUAUUCUGAAAUCAUUGUCAAGGGAAUAUCUCCUGAUGUUUUCACUUACAAUGCUUUAAUAUAUGGCUUUUGCAUUGUUGGUCAAUUGAAACAAGCAAUUCGUUUAUUAGAUGAAAUGAUGAAGAAAAACAUCGACCCCAAUGUGUAUACUUUUAGUAUAUUGGUCGAUGCUUUGUGCAAGGAAGGGAAUGUGAGAGAAGCUAAAAGUGUGUUAGCUAUGAUGAUGAAACUAGUUAAUGAAGUGAAUAAAGCCCAAGAUGUAUUCAAUGCUAUGGCUCGGAGGGGAGUGACUCCUAAUGUUCGGAGCUACAAUAUCAUGAUCAACGGAUUAUGUAAGAUUAAAAUGGUGGAUGAAGCCUUGAAUCUCCUUGCAGAAAUGGAUUGCAAAAAGAUUAUUCCUAAUACAGUAACCUACAGUUCUCUUAUUGAUGGUUUAUGCAAAACGGGGAGAGCCUCUCAUGCUUGGGAGCUUCUUGAAGAGAUGCAUGUGAAAGGACAACCGGCCAAUAUAUUCACUUACAAUUCUUUAUUGGACGCUUUAUGCAAAAGCCAUCACGUUGACAAGGCAAUUGCACUUAUCAAGAAAAUUAAAGAUCAGGGUAUUCAGCCGGAUGUGCUCACAUACACAAUACUCAUAGAUGGACUAUGUAAAGAAGGAAGACUCAAAGAUGCACAAGAGGUUUUUCUGGAUCUUGUGAUUAAAGGCUAUCAUCUAACUGUCUAUACAUAUACUGUUAUGAUCAAUGGGCUUUGUAAAGAAGGCUUGUUUGAUGAAGCGUUGGCCUUGCUGUCAAAAAUGGAAAAUGAGGGAUGUACUCCUAAUGCUAUAACUUUUGAAACUAUUAUUCAUUCACUCUUUGAAAAUGGUGAGAAUGACAAGGCUGAGAAACUUCUUCGUGAAAUGAUUGAUAGAGGUCUACUGGAAAAAUUAUAGAUAC